CCUUGCAUUGCAUCCACCAUGCCUGCUUCUUCAUCAUCAUCACCACGCCUACUCCCACUCUCUGCAGCAUUCAUUUGCUUAUUCUCAGCUUUUUCAGUCACCGGAGCCACCGCUGCCACCACCAAACUCCCCAUCCAUGAAGUGGAAGCACUGAGAGAAAUAGGAAAGAGAUUGGAGAAGAAAGAUUGGAAUUUCAGUGUAGAUCCAUGUGGAGGAGAGGGGGGAUGGGCAGUUAAUACGCCGAUCGGCUUUGAGACUAUCGUGACGUGCAUUUGUUCCUUACCCGUCGACAAUGAUUGUCACGUUGUUAGCAUUGCUUUGAAGGGUCAGAAUCUUCAGGGUACUCUUCCACCAGAAUUGGCAAAGUUAUCUUAUCUUCAACAAAUCGACCUCUCACGCAACUACCUUCACGGCACUAUCCCUCCAGAAUGGGGUUCAUUGCCCCUGGUGAACAUCACCCUCGGGGUAAACCGAUUGACGGGCUCGAUCCCGAAAGAGAUUGGAAACAUCAGCACUCUUGCAAGCCUAACUUUGACGUCCAAUCAGCUUUCGGGAGUUCUACCGCCAGAGCUCGGGAAUCUUUUCCGCCUACGAUACUUGAACUUGAGCUCAAACUAUUUUACUGGGGAGCUGCCUGGAACAUUUGCAAAGUUGACCGCAUUGAAUGACGUUCGGAUAUCAGAUAACAACUUGACCGGAAGCAUACCCAAUUUUAUUCAGAACUGGAAAAACCUUAGAAGAUUAGUGAUUCUAGGAACUGGCCUAAAAGGGCCAAUUCCAUCUGGCCUUUCUCUUCUAGAAAACAUAAGUGAAUUGAAGAUCAGUGACCUAAAUGGAACAGAAGAAUCUUUUCCUCGAUUGAGUAAUGUCAAAAGUUUGAUGGUGUUAGUACUGAGAAGUUGCAAUAUCGUUGGACCAUUACCUGAUUAUAUUGGUGAUUUUGAGAAUUUGAGAACCUUAGACCUCAGCUUUAACAAACUAAGUGGAGAAAUCCCAGACAGCUAUUUUCGCCUAUCAAAAUUGAAUUACCUGUAUUUAACUGGAAACUUGAUAACUGGAGCACUGCCUGAUUGGAUGCCACGAGAGGGAUAUAACAUUGAUCUCUCCUACAACAACUUAACAUUCAACAACCCAGGGGCAUUAGGCUGUCAGCAAAAUAACCUGAACUUGUUCAAAAGCUCCUUAGAGGGCAAUAACUCUGGAAUUGUUUCAUGCUUGGGAAGCUUUAGGUGCCCACGAAAUUGGCAUUCUUUCCAUAUAAAUUGUGGUGGGAAGGAAGUGACUGAUGAAGAUGGCAGCACCACAUAUGAAGAUGAUACAGAUGGAGCUGGACCUUCAAAGUUCAUCAAAAGUAGAACUAACUGGGCACUUAGCAAUACCGGUAACUUUGACAUGCGCUCUUCAAAUGGCUAUGUUGCAACUAAUGUAUCGGGACUCUCAAUGAAAAAUUCCGACUUGUACAUGACUGCACGAAUUUCUCCCUUAUCUCUGGCUUAUUAUGGUUUCUGUCUUCUAAAUGGAAACUACACAGUUAGUCUAUACUUUGCGGAGAUAAUGUUUAUUGAUAACAGAACAUAUUGCAGCUUAGGAAGGCGAAUAUUUGAUGUUUACAUUCAGGGAAAGCUUGUGCUGAAGGAUUUCAAUAUUGAGGAUGAAGCAGGUGGCCUACGCAAGGAAAUCAUAAAAAACUUUACUGCAGUUGUGACUAAUAAUAAUUUGGAGAUUCGUUUCUAUUGGCCUGGGAAAGGGACAACUUCUAUCCCUAUCAGAGGAGUCUAUGGUCCUCUCAUUUCUGCUAUUUCUGUGAAGUCUGAUUUUGUGCCUCCAGAUGAUGGAAGUAGAAAUGUUGCUGUGGUGACUGGAUUGGUUACAGCUGGAACAUUUCUCAUCUUCUUUGUUCUAAGUAUUGUGUGGCUGCAAAGCUGCCCAGGACUCAAAGAUAUGAUGUACCAAGAUUUAAAAGGUCUAGACCUACAAACUGGUUCACUUACCUUGAGGCAAAUUAAAAUUGCAACAAACAACUUUGAUGAUGCUAACAAAAUCGGAGAAGGAGGUUUUGGCUCUGUUUACAAGGGUCUUCUAUCAGAUGGAACCAUAAUUGCAGUGAAGCAGCUAUCUUCCAAGUCAAAGCAAGGGAAUCGUGAAUUUGUAAAUGAGAUAGGGAUGAUUUCUGCACUACAACAUCCUCAUCUAGUGAAGCUCUAUGGCUGUUGUAUUGAAGGAAAUCAAUUGCUGCUGGUAUACGAGUACAUGGAAAAUAACAGCCUUGCUCGUGCUUUGUUUGGCCCAACUCCAAGCCAGUUGAAAUUGGACUGGCCUACAAGGCAGAAGAUCUGUGUUGGUAUAGCAAGAGGUUUGGCAUACCUCCAUGAAGAAUCAACACUGAAAAUAGUUCACAGAGAUAUCAAAGCCACUAAUGUGCUUCUUGAUAAACAUCUUAACCCUAAGAUAUCUGACUUUGGUUUGGCGAAGCUUGAUGAAGAGGGUAAUACCCACAUGAGUACCCAUAUCGCUGGAACUUAUGGAUACAUGGCUCCUGAAUAUGCAAUGCAUGGCUAUUUAACUGACAAAGCUGAUGUGUAUAGUUUUGGAAUUGUAGCCUUGGAAAUUGUCAGUGGGAGAAGGAACACUAGUUACAGGGCCAACGAGAAUUGCUUUGAUCUACUUGAUUGGGCACUUCUGUUAAAAGAGAAGGGUGAUUUAAUGGAGCUGGUGGAUCCAAUGCUUGGCUCAGAUUAUAACAAAGAAGAAGUUAUGACAAUAAUCAAUGUGGGUCUCCUGUGCACUAGUGCCUCUGCAACAGCUAGGCCUAGAAUGUCGUCUGUGGUGGGCAUGCUUGAAGGCAGGGCAGUUGUUCCAGUUUUGGUUUCAGAAUCAAAUGUUUCAGAUGAGGAGAUGAAGCUUCAGGCCAUGAAAGACUAUUAUCAGUUCAGUCAUGAACACAAAUUCAAUGAAAUGCAGGCACAUGGUUCGUCAACUUAUGGGCCAUGGACAGAUUAUGGGACGUGCUCUGCCGAUCCCUUCAGUUUGGGUUCCCAUUAUUUUCAGAAAGAAAACUAGAGCAAAUGGUGGAAAUUCAAUACAUCCUAUCCAGGCAAGUCGUAAUAGUUUUCGCUAGCUCUGGUACCCGUGCCCUACAGUUUUCAGGACUCCAUGUACAAAACGAAAUAAAGUAUGAUGGCAUCCGUCAUAUGGAUAUGGUUAUGGCUUGAGUUAUAUUUCUCCAUUUGUCUUGAUAAAUUGUAAAAUUAUGACUGAUUUUUUUUAAAUAAUAAAACUAUGACAAAAAUAAUAUUAAAAACA